GACGUCAAGGCGACACCGCCAAACCUCGCCCAGAGUCAGGCGUGUAAGCCAGCCGGAGCGGCGGCGGCGGCGGCGGUAGCGGCAGGACCGCCGUGGCGCCGGUAGCAGCGACCUGGAGGGAGCGCGAGGCGACGCUGGCUGCGGGGACCCGGUGACAGCGUGAGAGGUACUAGAUUUUACAAGUUUGCACCAUGCGUGAGUAUAAGCUAGUCGUUCUUGGCUCCGGAGGAGUUGGAAAAUCUGCUCUGACUGUACAAUUUGUUCAAGGAAUUUUUGUUGAAAAAUAUGAUCCUACGAUAGAAGAUUCUUAUAGAAAGCAAGUUGAAGUAGAUGCACAACAGUGUAUGCUUGAAAUCUUGGAUACUGCAGGAACGGAACAAUUUACAGCAAUGAGGGAUUUGUACAUGAAAAACGGACAAGGCUUUGCAUUAGUGUAUUCCAUCACAGCACAGUCCACAUUUAAUGAUUUACAAGAUCUGAGAGAACAGAUUCUUCGAGUUAAAGACACUGAUGAUGUUCCAAUGAUUCUGGUUGGUAAUAAGUGUGACUUGGAAGAUGAAAGAGUUGUAGGAAAGGAACAAGGUCAAAAUUUAGCAAGACAAUGGAACAACUGUGCAUUCUUAGAAUCCUCUGCAAAAUCAAAAAUAAAUGUUAAUGAGAUCUUUUAUGACCUAGUGCGGCAAAUUAACAGAAAAACUCCAGUGCCUGGGAAGGCCCGCAAAAAGUCGUCAUGUCAGCUGCUUUAAUAUACUAAAUGCAUUGUAGCUCUGAGCCAGGUCUGAAGAACUGUUGCCCAAUUCAACAGUGCCAGCAUUCCAACUUUGUUAAACCUACCAACAUCUUAAAUGGACUUUCUGUGGUGGUACCCUUUAAGAGGUGGAUGAAAGCUACUACAUCAGUUUGCACAUUCUAAUCACUUUCCAGUAUCACAAGAGAGAUUUUUACUUAUAUAAUAGUCCUAGAGUAUGCAGCUGGUAAAACCAGAGGCUACAAUCCAGUAUUACUGCUAAGAGACAUUUUUCAUCCACCAAUGUUGUACAUGUAUGAAAAUGGUGUACUGUAUACUUUAACACGCCCUAUACUUUGUAUUGGAGAGUACAAUAAUGUAAAUCCUAAAAGCACCACUAUUUUAGCAUAAUAAAAGAAAGUCCAAAGAGCUCCUA